AUGUCGUCAAUAACAGGAAGCAAGAAAUGUGACAGUGGACCGAGAAGCAGUAUAUUACUCUCAGAAUUUGAUACCGAAUAUGCCUGCUCAGAUCAUGCAAUGGUACGUCACGUGGUGCAGACUGCAGUACGGAACUACUUCUCGGCAUCAUGCACGAUUCCAGCCCAUAUGACGCUGUGUAUCGACUUCACUGAGAAUGCACCUACACCCAGCAAUUCUACAUCCACUGUUCAGUACCAGGCUCCACUGGUGCAAAUUAAUGUGAGGCGAAAAUUUGAUCCCAGAAGCACCAACCUUGCGACUACUGCUACAAAGGAUGCUAAUCGAGAAAAGAUGGGAACACAAAAGAGAAGCCCAAUAUUCAAUGCUGCCAAAAAGUUAUCUGCAUUUACUAUCAAGGAGAAAGAGUUUGAGGAUCUGAAAUCAGUGAAAGCUGUAACUGAGACAUUGAAGUCGAAAAUACCAUUACAAAGAUUAGAUUAUCUCAAAUGUGUUGAGAAAAAAAGAGCUGAAAAUAAAAUAUUUAAAUAUUUAUCUGUUACGUAUAAGAAACUUAUGAGUCAGGAAAUGCUUAUGGAAUGGAGAAAGAGGUAUGAAGAAGACAAGCGUGCACUUUACUCAGAUCAACAAGAAACGACGAAGAAUAAUUCGAGCAGUCCUGUGACAGCUCGUUCGGAUACAAAUAUAUCACUUCGCGAUGCGGAAACGAUAACAAAGGAUGAAAGGACGCAUAACUGGGGACCAGUUGCUGGUAUCCUUGAUUUUGAGCCAAAAGAUAGCAGGGGAAAUAUGAGCAAGGCUGUUCAAAUACGUGGAAAUUUGCCCAACACAUUAUAG